UCGUGGCAGGCAAGAGGGGCAGGAGCCGACCCUGGGCCGGCCGCUCUGAGCGGAGCCGAGCGUGUCCGCCUGUGUCCGUUCACGUCCGUGCGUGUGUCCUCGCGGGUGUAUGGCGUGUGUGCUAUCUUCACAGGUGCCAUGGCAGAGCCGUCCGGGGAUGCCCACCAGGUCCCGCAUGGCAGCAAGGCCUGCCGCCGCCUCUUCGGGCCCGUGGACAGUGAGCAGCUGCGUCGAGACUGUGACGCGCUAAUGGCGGGCUGCGUGCAGGAGGCCCGCGAGCGAUGGAACUUCGACUUCGUCACCGAGACACCGCUGGAGGGCGACUUUGCCUGGGAGCGUGUGUGGGGCCUGGGCCUGCCCAAGCUCUACCUGCCCGCGGGGCCCCGGGGGGGCCGGGAUGACCUGGGAGGGGGCAAGCGGCCCAGCACCUCGCCUGCCCUGCUGCAGGGGACAGCUCAGGAGGACCACCUGGACCUGUCCCUGUCCUGCACUGUCAUGCCUCACCCCCCUGAGCGGCCUGAGGCGUCUCCGGGUGCACCUGGCACCUCUCAGGGCCGAAGACGGCGGCAGACCAGCAUGACAGAUUUCUAUCACUCCAAACGCCGGCUGAUCUUCUCCAAGAGGAAGCCCUGAUCUGCCCACUGGAAGCCUCAAGCUCCUAGAAAUGAGCUCCCGACCCCCCCUCCCCCCCCGUCCCCACCCCUACAAGCCUCUUCUCCACCUUUGCCCUUAGCCCUUCAAUUUGUGCGUUUUAAUUAUUAUUUGUGUUUUAAUUUAAACUCCUACUCAUGUACAUACCGUGCUUGCCACCACCCUCCCCCCCGCCCCGCCUCUAGCAAUUCCAAUUAUUUAAAAAACCAGUAGCAGAAUGAUAGGCUUAUUAGAGUGCUAAGUAUUUUUAUUAUGCAAACUGUUAUUUAAGACGUCUUUAUCCUGUGCUCCCCAUUUCCGCUCUCCCAGAGGUAAGGUGGGGCCGGCGUGACCCUCACCUUCUGGGUGGUGCUCCCUGGAGGGGUCUGCCUCCUUGUGCUCACCACCCCAUGGGUGUUUUGAAAUUUCUGCCCCUUUCCUGCGUUCUCAAACCUGAAUUCUUUAUAAUUUGAGAAGUAAACAGAUAGCACUUUGAAGGGGGCCCAGCAGGGUGGGGGCGUCAUCAACCCUUUGGAGUCCCCUCCCCUUCCCUAAGGUUGGGCAGGGUGACCUUGAAGUGGGCACAGCCCGGAACAUGGCUAGGAACGUGGCACUUUCCUGUCCCUUGGUGCCCCACCCUGCCCUGUGAAGGCGUGGGCGAAGGUAGGGUCCUGUAGCAGACCACCCCACCUCCUCUCGCCCCCUCUGCCACCCACAGAGGGGCCAGUCUCAAUGUUUGGCCUCCCCUGCACUUUUCUAGGGGCUCCAGAUGCCCAGCUGGGCUUUCAAGCCCCUCUCUGCUCCCCUCCCCUCCCCUCCCCCAUACCCUUUCCCUCUACUACCCUCUGGGCCCUAGGUGGCAGCUCUGGGGUGCCUGUGCCCCCAGCUUAGUGAGCGGGAAGGAAAGACGUGUGCUAGAAGUAGGGGUCCCCAGUUCUACCUCAGGCAGCUCAAACAGCGACCACAUUUUCCUCUUACCUUCCCGGGCAGAGGUUCUGGGUGGUCCGACAGGCCUUCUUGAGUGGGGAUCUCUGUCAGGAGUAUGUCACGGGGAGCAGAUUUUUCGAGGAGGAAGAGUGUGACGCCAGCCUCUGGAAUGCAUCCAAGGACCUUCCCCGCUGCCCCACCCUCCCCCAUUUCAUUGCACUUUGAAUCGCAGCUGAACAAGGAGUCAGAUGUUUUAAGACAGUAAGGUAGAGGCUGUGGACAGGGUAGGCUACGUGGGUGAAUACGGCCCUGGGAGUCGUGACUUAUUGUCUUUCCCAGCACUGAACAUUGAGCCCAUGGAGGCACCGAGGGACUUAGUGCGUCUGACCCCAAACACCCAAAGUUCCUAUAAUAUGCUGGCCUGGACUGUUUUCUCCCGGCUCCUCCUAUCUCCACCUAGACUGUAAGCCUCUGAAGGGCAGGGAACAAGUCCUCUACUGCUCUGCGUCCUUCGUAGCCCCUCAAUAAAUGCUGGGUCCACAGCAGGUGCUCAAUAAAUGUUUCCUGAUGAUUUUAGUUGUAAUAUUA